AUGCCAGGAAAUACUGAGGCAACAGUAGCUCCAACAGCAUUUUUACAUAUUAAGAAUAAGCAGCUUCAGAUCUGUGAGGCCAAGAAGAAGCAGCACACAGUCACAGAAAAAAUCAGUGACCUGACUAAGGAGACAGACUCCCUCCAGCAACAAGUUGGUCAAAGCACAGAUGACGGUUGGACAAUUGACACAUCUUCCUCUGCCAAGUUGUCUCCUGGUGCAUCUUCUUUCUCUUUAUCCUCCAGUCCAUCCAGCUCCUCUUCGUCCUCAAGUCCAUCCAGUUCCUCUUCAUGCAGCUUAUCAUCCUCAUCAACUGAUUCUUCUGAUUCAGACAAGAAAUCAAAGAAAACACGCAAGAAGAAAAAGAAGCACCACCACCAAAGUCACAAGAAAAAGGACAAGAGGAAGAAAAAAAAGAAGGAAAACAGGCACCAUGGCAAGCGCAGAGCACGUCAUCCUGAGGAGGUCAUCAAGAGAUACGGCAAAGUCCUUAAGGCGUACAAGAAAGGAAAAAAGCUGAGUGUGGCAUAUCGAAAGGUCGGUGUUGACCGAAAUACCAUCGUCGCCAAUGCCCCGAUCUGUGAGCUGGCUGUUGUGGCCCCGAAGAAGUUCAAGGAGUUGCUGGUUGCUCAUACACCACAGCAACGACUUCAAGACUUUGCAAAAAAAUGUCUGGAAGUGUUCAAUAAUGAUCCAAACCUUUUAAGGGAUGUUGAACAUCAAAAGAAAAAGGGAAAACUGAUUCCUUUGGCUACAAAAGCUUAGGUGUUAGGAUGGUGCCCUAGAGCAGUUUGGUUGUGGCUCGGGUCUGGUUUACUCAGUAUAGAGGGUCUAAGGUGUGAUUAAAAUAUGUUCAAUGUAUCAAUAUUGCCAAUGGCUAGAUUUUUAUUUAUUUUGUUUUCAUGUUUAGCACCAAAAGUGCCCAAA